CAACAUUCAGAAGCACCAUCACUGUUGGCGGAUCAACGAUUGUAAGACGACGUAUUUAGUUUAGCGGCCGUUCUCUUAUCUAGCUCCGACGAAAGCAGCCUUCUAUACCAGUGCGUAUAAAGGUUGCGGGAACGAGCUAACGAUCUCGGCGCCGCGCGCAAUUUAUCCGUUAAACGUUUCGACUUGCGGUGUAUUAUAACCUCUACGCGCGGUCUUGUAAUCACAACAAUGAAAUCGCUCUGUGUUUUUCUCGUCGCUCUGGUCUGCGUCGGCGGCAUCUUGGCAUCAGAUAAAUCAAGUUGUUUAUUGAAGACUCCAAAUGUAAUAUGGGAAUCAGACUGGAAUAAGAUGCAUAAGGAAUGUGUAGACAAAUUGAAGAAUCAAGUUCAAAUGGAAAUCAAUGCUGCCCUGGUAUAUUUUGCAAUGGGGGCACAUUUUGCACGUGAUGUUGUAGAUCGCCCAGGCUUUAGCAAGUUCUUUUUUGAAAGCGCAAGUGAAGAAAGAGAGCAUGCAAUGAAAAUCAUCGACUAUUUGCUAAUGCGUGGACCACUUGUUACAAAGAACGAAAAUACUAAUGAUGAAAAUAAAAUAUAUUUUGAUAUGGCUGAGCUAUUAUCUUCCAACUUCUAUGCAAACGAAAUCAGUGAACUGCAAGAAAUUAAUAAGGAAAUUGAUAAAGACGCUCUUGACGGAAGUAAAGCUCUCAAAUAUGCUUUGGACUUAGAAGUUAAGGUUACGAAAAGCAUUAAGGAUAUAAUUCAAGUUUGUGAAGAUCCGGAAGGAAGAAGUGAACUAACUUCAAAACAAGAUUCUAAACAUGCUAAACAAGAUCCUAAACAAGAUCCUAAACAUCCUAAACAAAUUAAACAAGAUAUUAAACAAGAAAAUAUCAAUGAUUACCAUUUGGUGGACCAUCUUAUAACGGAAUUCUUGGACGAACAAUAUAAAGGACAACGUGAUCUUAUUGGAAAACUCGCAAUAUUGAGUAAAAUGUCAUCAUCGCAUGGAAAGUUGGCAGAAUUUUUAUUUGAUAAAAAACUAUUAAAUGGAGAAAUCUAAGCGUUUUGAUCAAGAUACGUUUAGCUCGAGGAUACUCUUUCCUAUAAAUAUGUGUUUAUAAACUUAUAAUGGCCAUAUUUAGAAUAUAUUGUAUAAUUUAGAUUUUUUUUUUUGCAUUUCAUCAUGCGCGUUUGUAUUUUACUAUAGGGUAUAAGAUGUAAUAAUUUCUAUUUGUGGCAUAUUUCUAAAUGUGGCCUUUAAUAUUAUAAGAGUAUGUGGAGCAAUGUUUAUAAUAUUUGUUAAUCAAUAAUAAAUAUAUGCU